AUGUUUGACGUUUUGAUCCACUGCCGCGGCACUUAUGCUGAUAAUUAUAAUAUCUCUAGAGAGAUUUCUAUGUCUUUUGGGCGACCGUUGAUGAUCCCCAGCGGUGGGAAUAUGAGCAAAUUGCCCGAAGCAGUCGACGAUGAACACUUAAAUAGUAAGACGGGAAAGUGGAAUACACAACCAAAGGGUCACCCUAGUCUUUUGGAGUCUUACAUUCAAACAAUCAAGCUCUAUGAUAUCCUGGGGCAGGCUUUGGAUAGAGAGGAACUCAAAGAGUUGACUCUUUCCUCGAAGCCCAACGCAGACUCAUCUUCCGAUGAACUCGUGAACAUAUUGAAAUUGGAAACAAAGAUAAUGGAAUGGCGAGAGGCCCUCCCUUUGUAUCUCCAAUAUGACCCAUCAGUGGGCAAUGGCGGUCUUGGGAAGGCUGUUUCCUCAGAAGGGGUUACCGUUCUAUCCGCGCAUUUCUUAGCACAGGCGACAAGGCUCUAUACAAGGUUCCUGCAUAUCCGUCUACUUGUUCUACGUCCAGCCUUAGAGCGACUCUUCGAGACACAGCAACGUCACAGGCAGGCUCCAAAUCAAAGGUCGAGUGAGUUCAGACUCGAAGAUAAAAUGCUUUCCGAUACAGCUACUCAAUGCAUGCUCUGCGCGGACAAACUCGUUAUGAUUCUUGAUGCCCAAAUCAGAUUGCAAAGCUUUGUGGCCUGGUGGUACAAUGUCAGCUACCUUCACACCAGUGGUAGUACCCUCCUGAUGGGUCAGUUAUGCUCCUUCAACGAAGAAAAUCGAACAGAUCAAUCGUUCUCGGAGAGUUGGGACCUGUGUUUGCAAAAUCUUUCUCGAUACACGGCAUUGAGUACCAUUGCUAAAAAGUCAUUUUACCUGCUACAAGAAAGUGCAGAAAGCUUGCGUUUGAACACUUCCCGGGCGGAGCGACAGGGACCUCAGUCCUCGUCAAUCAAGGUGACAGAUGAGGCAGGGGGUGGUAAGUCCACACAUGCAGGAUAUCCAACAUUCGGCUUUCAAGGGUCCCAUAUUCAAACCUCGAAUAGUGGAGAAAGCAACCUGGAACUAGCGGAAACCCUUCCAGGCACCUCCCUGCAGAAGGACGCCGGCAUGCAGUCGUUCCAACCCUACCAAGAUCAAAAUAUUGAUGUUGACCCCGGCAUCGGCGGAGAUAAUAUGGAAGGUCUUGGUAAUGAGAUAUGGAACGUUGAUCCAAAUUACUGGUAUUUAAUGCCAUUUUCCUCUCAACUAGAAACAUUCCCCUGGAAUUUCGAUACUGCGGGUAUUGGUCAAUGA